UAAGUAGGCACUGCAAUGAAAAUCAUUCAGUUCAUUAGCUGGCCGAGUUACCUCGUCUAAACAGUCAGUCUUUAUUAAUUUAUUAAUUUCUCGAAAUUUAGCUCAGAUUUUUACUGUUGUUUAUUUAACAAUGUUCGGCCCGUUCAAAUGCGGUUUUCUUGUGACCAUAAUUUUUGUGGUAAUAGCAAAUACUGUUGCCUCAGCUGCCGGGGCCUUGGAUGAGAUUGAGAAUGACAAUAAAGAUGCCCAUGGAUUACAAAAAAUAUCACGCUCCCUUGUCGAGAUACACGAGAAUGAUUGGAAAAAAUUGUUGACUGGUGAAUGGAUAGUGAGCAUUUGCGCUAAGAAUCUUGAAGACUGCAGGCAAUCGGAGAUAAAGGUGUAUCAAUUGGCCACUUCGGACGUGUACAGCAGUCUCAAUGUCGGCAUUGCCGUUGUGGAUCUAUCCAAGGAGUCAACUCUACUGCGACGUCUAUCAACCUACGAGUUGCCCACAUUGUAUCAUGUGAUAGAUGGUCAUUUUCGUAGUCUGGAUCCCAAUUUGGAAAUGACGGCAUUGCGUCAAUUGGUCGAGAAACAGGAGUGGUCAUCGAUUUCAGAGAUACCAUUUUGGAGACAUCCAACAUCUAUUUGGACAUGUGUGUUGGUCUUUGAAUAUAAAGCUUCUUUGGAUCUAUUGGAAUCGGGAACUGUUGGCGAUGAUAAUGAAAUAGCUACAUGGUGUAUUUAUCUUAUGCUCACUGGCAUGCUAGCCAUGAUCAUUUGGAUUGUAUACAUCUGUUGGCGCAUUUUAUUCUUUGUCAUACAUUGUCUAGCACGAAACAAAGAUAUGGCCACCAUCAACGAUAGAAAAAAAAACCAAAAUGGAGAUGCCUCUAAGAAGAAAAAAAAGUGAAUAAACUGGAGACAUAAUAAACUGAACAAUAAACUGAAUAUGAUCAAAUAA